CGCAGCAUGCUUUUAGAUGAAAUAUCACAUUUGGUGGGAAGAUGAAACCGACCCAAGGGGUCCCUAAAUCUUAGAUUUUCUUGAGGUUCAGGUGUUUGAGAUUUUAUUUAGGGACUUCUAUUCCGCAAAGUACAGAUUUUCAUUUCGCUUCAUUAUGCAAAUUGUAGUGAGCUGUUAAUUUGUGUCAAGGAAGGAAUGCGUGGACAGGUAGAUUCGGGGAAUGGGUCCAAAGCUAGUAUUUCAUUUCCUCAUCUCGUGACACUCAGGAGGUUCGGUCUCUUUACAUGUAGUUUCAUCCGCGCGUUGGAACAAGUCUGUUGCAUUUUCUGGAGGUUACCAAGAAGAAUGGAUCAUCAUAUGAUAAUUGGAUUUCUUUUGCUGGUGUUCGCGUGCAGCGCUUUAGGGAAUACAGAAGAGUUCCAUGUUUCUUCUCCAGAGUUGGUUGAGGAGAUCAACUCAUUAAAUGUGGGUUGGCAGGCUACUGUUUAUAAGCAGUUUGCAGAAAUGAACUUGAAGGAAGCAAAGCAAAUGCUAGGGAGUUAUGGUGCAUGGCCCAAGGACUCUCCUCCUAAGGUUAUCAAACAAGACAUUGUCAGUGAUAUUCCUGGAAGCUUUGAUGCUCGUACAAAAUGGCCUGGCUCCAUUCACCCAAUUAGAAAUCAGGAGCACUGUGGAAGUUGUUGGGCAUUUGGAGCUUCAGAAGCAUUGUCUGACAGGUUUGCUAUUGCCAGUGGUAAUAAAAUUGAUGUGGUGUUGUCAGCACAACAGCUGGUUGACUGUGAUACAGAUAACUCCGGUUGUUCAGGUGGCUAUCCAAUAAGAGCAUGGCAGUAUAUGAAUGAAGUUGGCCUCCUGACUGUAGAAUGUUAUGGUCCAUAUGUGGCACAGGAUCAAAAUUGCAAGUUCAAUAGCACGCUUAAACAAUGUCCCAGCGGUCAGGGUGUGUUUCAAGUUUACAAGGCAGCCAAUGCAUAUGCUGUUCAAAGAGAAGUUGAAGCCAUCCAGUCUGAAAUCAUGACAAAUGGGCCUGUUGAAGCAUCUUUCUCAGUCUACUCAGACUUUUACUCUUACAAGUCCGGUGUUUAUAUACACACCUCUGGUACUCUAGUUGGUGGUCAUGCGAUCAAGAUGCUGGGAUGGGGUCGGUCUGCAGAAGGUGUUGAUUACUGGAUUUGUGCCAAUUCUUGGGGAGCUGGAUGGGGAAUGGAUGGAUUCUUUUACAUCCGCCGAGGUACAGAUGAGUGUGGUAUCGAAAGUGGUAUCACUGCUGGCAUCCCAUCUCUGUGAUGGAACCAACUCCAUAGCUGAUCCGUUGACACUCUUGUUUGACAUUACGAUGCAGUUCGAAGGACGAACCCCACAUUAAAUUUAUAUUCUUCUGGUAGCGUUUUUAGAAUAAUAAGAAACUAUUUCAUUGAUACCACUCUCGUUUACUGUAAUUUUUUAAAUAGUUAGGAUUAAACAGAAUUCCUAGACAGUACAUUUUCAAACAAAAAACCUGAAUUUGAAUUUUGUUGCCAAUGGAAUUCUAAGACAGUGUAAUUUAACUGAACUAUAUUUCUUAAAAAAGUAGGUCGAUUUUGUAGACCGCUUAAUUUAAAAUUUUAUUUUUUAGCAAUUAAGAAAGGCAAGCACCCAGGCCUUUGGCGUUUAAUUCAUUUCUAAGACUUUGAAAUUAAGUAGAUCUUUAGACAAAAUUUAGAAAAAUAAUUGUUAACAGAGUUUAUAGACAGUAACUAAGUAGAUUUCUGAAAUAUUUUAGCUAUUAACAAGUGUUUUUUUAUACUCCUUUUUUUACUGUAGUUUAGCUCUGUGGUUUUGAAAUAAUCUCAUCGUCCAGUUUUGUCUAAAUGUAAUGAAAUAAAAUAUCAGUUUUACAGAUA